AUGGCCUUGAAUCCGGAGGACCCCAGUGCUGGGUUCCAGCACAACAAUGUGGUGGCCUUCAUCAAUGAGAAGAUGGCCGGGCACACGAAAGGCCCUGAGUUCUAUCUUGAGAAUAUAUCCCUGUCCUGGGAGGAGGUGGAGAACAAGCUCAGGGACAUCCUGGAGGACAGCGCAGUGUCCAGCAAGGCCAAAGACGCCUGUGCCUGGAGCAGCCUGGCCCUGGGCAUGCGCUUUGCCUGCAGGCAGAGCCAGUUACAUGGGCGCAGGGUGCACUGGCUGCAGGACUACACCAAACUGCAUAAGUCCGCUGCAGAGGCCUUGGCCUCACACCUAAAGGAGCUCACAGCACAGCAGGAGAUGGAACGCAAGGAGUCAGUCUUUCAGCUGCGACAGACACAAGCAAACAUGGCAGAGAUGCGAAAGGAAAGCGACCUCCUGAGGUGGAGGAUCCUCCGGGCUGAACUGGAGUUUCCGCGGAAGCGGACCCAGGUCCCAGAGGAGCCAGGCCUGGCCACUGGCAGUGGGGCUAGAACAGAAGUAGCACAUGAAGAGGAGGAGGAGGCAGGGGCUGCUGCUACUUCUGCUGCUGGUGCCACAGGAAGAGGAAGAAGUCAAAAGGAUGCAGAAGGGGCAGAGGCCACCAAGAAGCUGGGUAGAGGCCCUGUCCACCUUCCUGGAGCUGAGGAGCAGAAAAAUUACACCUCUGAUUAUUUCCAAGUCAGAAAUUGGCACCAGAAGAGCAGUUGCAAACCAUGGACUGUCAAAGAAAAUGUCGGAACUGGCUGGGGAGGAGUAUCAGAGAGUUAUGGGUAUAGUGAGGAUUCCUGCAUCCCAAGAGUCUCCAGGAAUGAACUGGACGGGAAGCUUUUUCAUGUUCUGAUCAAGUUAUAUUGUGAGAAACGAUCAAAACAGGCCUAUAGUUAA